UGCUCUCAACAUCUAGUUAAAAUGGCAUCAUCAUCUUCUAAUAAUCAUGAAGAAAAACACGAAGUGUUCCUUAGUUUUAGAGGCGAGGAUACACGAAAAACUUUCACAAGUCAUCUUCAUGCCGCUUUUAAAAGGGGAGAAAUCAAAACAUACAUAGACUAUAAUCUUGAAAGAGGGGACGAAAUAUCAGGGACACUUCUAAGGGCUAUUGAGGAUGCAAAACUCUCAGUGAUUGUAUUCUCCAAGAAUUUUGCAACAUCAAAAUGGUGUUUAGAUGAAGUCAAAAAAAUUGUUGAAUGUAAAAAAAACAGGGGUCAAAUUGUAGUGCCUAUAUUUUAUGAUAUUGAACCUACACAUGUACGGAAUCAAACAGGAACAUUUGAAAGUGCUUUUGUUAGACAUCAAGAACGAUUUAUUGAUAGACCAAAUAAGGUACAAAAAUGGAGGGAUGCUUUGAGAGAAGCAACCAAUCUAUCUGGAUGGGAUUGCUCUGUUGACAGAUUGGAAUCUAAAAUUGUUGAAGAGAUUGCUAAUGAUGUAUUGGGAAAAUUAAAGCGUGUAUUUGUUGGUGAUUUAGAUGAACAAAUUAAAACACAUGAGCAACUUGCGAAACUUCAAAUGCAAUAUUUUAAAGGUACACCUCAUUCAGAACAUUGGAAAAGUUAUCAAACAACUGUCCAUCAAAUCAGAAAACUUCAAAUGGAGAGACAUCAACGUUUGCUACGCAUACCAUCCAACAUGUCUUCACAACCCAACGAUUCAAAUGCAAGCAAUGAUUUUUAUGACAUAUGGUCUAAUGUAUUCAGAUUUUACUAA